UUUGAAAAGAGAGGGACAAGAAAUUUUCUGUGUUAGAUAAAGGAGGAACGCUUAUAGUAAACUAACAGCAGCAAUGGAAUAUCUUCCCUUAUUGAGCAACAAAAGUGUAAGCGGGCCUCCACUCAAGACACUUUUUUGGGCCGUGUGUGCAGUAGGAAUAGGGGGAACAUUUCAAUAUGGAUAUAAUAUUUCGAUUAUCAAUGCACCUACAACUCAAAUACAUAAGUUUCUUAAUGAAACAUGGUACAUUCGUUAUCAAUCCACACUGGAUGAAGGUUUAUUGACAUUGAUCUGGUCUAUAAUUGCUUCAGUAUUUACACUUGGCGGUCUUCUUGGCACCUAUAUUGGGGGAAGGGCAGCUGUUAAACUAGGCAGAAAACAGACUCUUCUUUUAAAUAAUAUUUUGGCCAUUUUUGCUGCUGUUUUGAUGGGCAUAUCAUAUCCAACUGGAUUAUUUGAAUUUAUGAUAGCUGGGAGAUUCUUUAUAGGAGUUAAUGCAGGUAUUGGUAUUUGUGUACAGCCAUUGUAUCUUGGUGAAAUUGCCCCAAAGCACAUAAGAGGCUUCACAUCUGUGGGAAUUAAUAUUUUUCUAACUUUAGGAAUCCUUGCAGGACAAAUAAUUGGUUUAAGGGAAUUUCUUGGUGGAGAAAAUUUAUGGCCAUUCUUAUUACCAUCAUGCUGCAUACCAGCUGUUAUACAGUUACUUACACUACCAUACUUCCCAGAAAGUCCCAGGUACCUGCUUAUAGAAAAGAGGGAUGAAUAUGAGUGUCAAAAAGCACUGAAAACAUUGUAUGGACAACAGCACUACUUAAUUGAGAUGCAGGAUAUACAGCAAGAAUCGAAUGUUCUAAGUGAUGAGAAACCAAACAGAAUGCUGGAAUUGUUCUCAGACAGAAGCAUACGAUGGCAGCUAAUUACUAUAAUUAUAACCAAUAUGGGACAACAACUCAGUGGAAUUAAUGCAAUCUACUUCUAUGCUGAAUAUAUUUUCACCACAGCAGGGAUUCCCACUGCAAAUAUUCCCUACGUCACACUGGGCACUGGCAUUUGUGAAUUUCUGACUGCUGUGACAUGUGGCUUGCUUAUAGAUAGUGUUGGAAGGCGAGUUCUUAUAAUUGGAGGAUACGCACUGAUGGCCUUUUGGUGCACAAUAUUAACCCUGACCCUGACUUUUCAGGAAUUUUCUCCAACUGUGCCAUAUUUAAGUAUGUCUGCUAUAUUUGCCUUCAUAUUAAGUUUUGGAUUAGGACCAGGUGGUGUUACAAAUACUUUAACAGCAGAAUUAUUCACUCAGUCUUCAAGAUCUGGAGCCUUUAUGAUCGGAGGAUCUGUAAACUGGUUAAGUUUUUUUUUGAUUGGAAUGAUCUUCCCAUUCAUAGUGAAUGGACUAAAUCAGUACUGUUUCCUGGUUUUCUUUGUGGAGUGCAUCUUUAUAGCAGGAUUCAUCUUCUUUGUUGUGCCAGAGACCAAAAAUAAAUCAUUUCUUGAUAUCAAAAAAGAAUUCCAAAAACUUAACUUUGAUCAGUGUAUAACAAGCUCAGAAGAGGAACAAGAUGGAAGUAAUACCUUUGAUGCAGCACUCUGACAUCAGUUAAGAGAUUCUUAGUUUGUUGACAUGUGCUUUAGUUUUAUUUGAAAUACAGAUGCUGAAAUUUUAUGGUGCUAUAAAAUAGCUAUGUACGUUGUUUCAAGCUUUUAAAUUCAUUGCUUUUAAAAUAAAUAUAUACCAUUUUUUAUGGUGUCACAAA